UCCCUAGUGCCAGUCUGCUCAAGGACACGGCGUGACUGUGACAGGCAUCAAGGUGGCAGAUGUCUCUCCAUCCUCCUUUGCUUGGCCAAGACAAUACUAUCACGUUGAGAAAAGUCGAGAGUUUUGAAUAAACAUCUCGUUGUCCAUAGUCUUAAGACACUGUUGAUUAAUAAAGUACCAGGAUGGAUUAUUCGAGGUUCAUAUCAAAGAUGUCUUCAAACCGAAAACCGUCAGGAAUCAGCGAAAUGCGGAAGUACCUAGCCGAGCCCUCUCCGUCGUUGGUGUGGCUGGCUUCGGGAAUGCCCAACCCCCAGCUGUUUCCCUUCCGCGACGCCACCAUCAGCCUGAGCGACGGAUCUGUCCUCGAAAUCGGGCAGGACCUGAUGGCGACCGGACUACAGUACGGACCAACGCCGGGGUACAUCCCCCUGGUCCAGCAGCUGAAGGACAUGACGCUCCGGAACCACAGUCCUCCGCGCUGGGGCGAGAGCGACCUCCUGGUGACAGUCGGGUGUCAGGACGGACUGGCGAAGGCGCUGGAGAUGCUGCUCGACGUCGGGGACUGUGUGGUGGUGCAGGAGCCGUGUUAUUCGGAUGUCCUGUGCAUCCUCGCCCCUCUGACGCCGAAGUUCGUCGUUGUCGCCGCGGACGAGAAAGGGAUGUGUCCUUUGUCGCUGAAGAAGGGACUCGAACGGGCAACGCAGGAUGGGGGACCCGCGCCCAAGGCCAGUACGCGACCUUUUAUGCACUGA